GCAUCACUGCUUGUCUCUCGCCUCCCAUUUUCUCUCUCUUUACCUCCCUGCGUUGUUUCAGAGCUGUGUCAGCAGGCGUCGCUUGUCUGCUCUUGGGCUGGAUAGUCACCUAAGGCUUGUUUUUUCAUUGCCAGCAUCAUUCCAUCCUCAAUUCCUGCUUGUUCGCUACUAUUGAGGGACUAUGGCGCACGCUGCAGCGAGCAUCAAAAAGGCCCGGGUGGAGAUGGAGCAAGCUCCCGACCUGAAGGCAUUAGAGAAAGCCCGUGAGAAAAGGAGGCGCUCACGGGAAAGAGCCGAGCGCAGGCGUAAGUCGGACAGCAACACCAGUUUUCUUCGAGCAGCAAGAGCAGGAAAUAUCGACAAGGUGCUGGAGUAUCUGAAGGGGGGAGUCGACAUCGGUACUUGCAACCAGAAUGGCCUCAAUGCUCUGCACCUGGCAGCAAAGGAGGGACAUAUUGAGCUGGUCCAGGAGCUGCUGGAGAGAGGAUCUUCUGUUGAUUCUGCUACCAAGAAAGGAAACACGGCUCUGCACAUCGCUUCACUAGCAGGACAAGGAGAUGUGGUGAAGAUCCUGGUCAAGAGAGGAGCAGACAUUAAUUCACAGUCUCAGAAUGGAUUCACUCCCCUGUACAUGGCCUCUCAAGAAAACCAUUUAGAAGUGGUGCGAUAUCUUCUGGAGAAUGGUGGAAACCAAAGCACAGCUACAGAGGAUGGCUUCACACCUCUAGCUAUUGCCCUGCAACAAGGCCAUAAUCAAGUGGUGUCCAUCCUUCUGGAGAACGACACAAAGGGCAAAGUCCGUCUGCCUGCCCUGCACAUCGCUGCCCGCAAGGACGACACCAAAUCUGCCGCCCUGCUGCUCCAAAACGACCACAAUGCGGAUGUUCAGUCUAAGAGUGGAUUUACGCCGCUUCAUAUCGCUGCUCAUUACGGUAACGUAAAUGUGGCGACAUUGCUGCUCAAUCGAGGGGCUGCAGUGGACUUCACUGCAAGGAAUGGGAUCACUCCACUUCAUGUUGCAUCUAAGCGGGGAAACACUAAUAUGGUGUAUCUGCUGUUGGACAGAGGAGCACAGAUUGAUGCCAAAACAAGAGACGGCCUCACACCUCUACACUGUGCAGCAAGGAGUGGACACGACACAUCAGUAGAGCUUCUACUGGAGAGAGGAGCACCCGUGCUAGCCAGAACCAAGAACGGUUUGUCUCCUCUCCACAUGGCAGCGCAGGGUGACCAUGUGGAGUGUGUGAAGCACCUGCUGCAGCAUAACGCGCCUGUUGAUGAUGUCACACUGGACUACCUGACCGCCCUCCAUGUUGCCGCCCACUGUGGUCACUGCAGAGUCACCAAACUUCUGCUGGACAAGAGAGCCAAUCCCAAUGCUCGAGCCCUGAACGGCUUCACACCUCUACACAUCGCCUGUAAGAAGAACAGAGUGAAAGUGAUGGAGCUGCUGGUCAAGUAUGGAGCCUUUAUUCAAGCUAUCACUGAGUCUGGUCUCACACCCAUCCAUGUGGCAGCUUUCAUGGGUCACCUCAACAUUGUUCUCCUACUACUGCAGAAUCGAGCUUCUCCUGACGUCAGCAACAUACGUGGAGAGACGGCUCUGCACAUGGCCACUCGUGCUGGACAGGUGGAGGUUGUUCGCUGUCUGUUGAGGAAUGGAGCCAUGGUGGAUGCCAGAGCAAGAGAGAAUCAGACUCCUCUGCACAUUGCGUCACGUCUGGGUAAAACAGAGAUUGUUCAGCUGCUGCUGCAGCACAUGGCUCACCCGGAUGCUGCCACCACUAACGGCUACACGCCGCUUCACAUCGCCGCACGCGAGGGACAUCUUGAUGUCACAACAGUGCUGCUGGAGGCUGGUGCCGCCCACUCAUUAGCUACCAAGAAAGGGUUUACACCUUUACAUGUGGCAUCAAAGUAUGGUAGCCUGGAUGUGGCUAAACUACUACUGCAGCGACUGGCCCCUCCGGACACAGCAGGAAAGCAGAACGGUCUCACUCCUCUACAUGUCGCUGCUCACUAUGAUAACCAGAAGGUGGCGCUCCUGCUUUUGGACAAGGGGGCCUCUCCCCAUGCCACAGCCAAGAAUGGAUACACCCCACUUCACAUUGCAGCCAAGAAGAAUCAGAUGGAAAUCGCCAGCUCACUCCUGCAGUAUGGAGCUGAGACCAACAUACAGACCAAACAAGGGGUGACCCCGCUUCAUUUGGCUGCCCAGGAGGGUCACAGUGAGAUGGCCGCUCUGCUUCUGCAGAAAGGAGCGCAUGUCAAUGUACCCAACAAGAGUGGACUUACUCCACUUCAUCUUGCUGCCCAAGAAGACAAAGUCGGUGUUGGUGAGAUCUUAGUCAAGCAUGGUGCCAACUUUGACCAACAGACCAAAUUGGGAUACACGCCUCUAAUCGUCGCCUGUCACUAUGGAAAUGCUAAGAUUGUUAAUUUUCUGUUGAAGAGCGGGGCAAGUGUCAAUGCUAAGACAAAGAAUGGUUACACACCGCUACAUCAGGCUGCACAACAAGGCAACACACACAUCAUCAAUGUUUUACUCCAGAAUGGAGCCAAACCCAAUGCCGUCACUGUGAAUGGAAACACGGCUCUGGCUAUCGCCCGUCGCCUCGGUUACAUUUCUGUGGUUGACACACUGAGGGUGGUUACAGAGGAAAUUAUCACUACGACAACGACGGUGACAGAGAAACACAAGUUAAAUGUGCCAGAAACCAUGACAGAAGUGCUUGAUGUGUCUGACGAAGAGGUAUCAAGACAUGUAGAUGAUGGAGCUAUGUCUGAUGACUCCAUUGAUUUUGAAGGUGAUGACACAAUGACAGGUGAUGGUGGUGAGUACUUGAGGGCUGAGGAUUUGAGAGAGUUGGGAGAUGACUCUCUACCUGGUCAAUACCUGGACGGCAUGAACUACCUGCGCUUCAGCCUAGAGGGAGAACGAUCUGACAGUCACUUACAAAGUUUGGACAGAUCCUACACACCCACUCACCAAAGCUACUACCCAGCAAGGCAUUAUGGGAUGAUGGAAGAUAUGAUUUAUGCUAACCAGGUGUCUUCUCUAUCAAGAGAGAAUGAAAAAGAUUCGUACAGAAUGAGCUGGGAAAAUGAAAACCUGGAUAAUGUAGCGCUCUCCUCAAGUCCUGCUCAUUCAGGCCGUUCUUCUCCGUGUCAUGACAAUGACAACAGCAGUUUCUUGGUCAGCUUCAUGGUGGACGCCCGUGGAGGUGCCAUGCGAGGGUGCCGUCACAAUGGCCUUCGAAUCAUCAUUCCACCACGGAAAUGUAGUGCUCCUACUCGGGUCACCUGUAGACUGGUGAAAAGGCACCGUUUGGCGACUAUGCCCCCAGUGGUGGAGGGAGAGGGUCUGGCUAGCAGGCUGAUCGAGGUGGGACCCUCUGGAGCCCAAUUUCUUGGUAAGCUCCACCUCCCUACUGCCCCGCCCCCUCUGAAUGAGGGCGAGAGUUUGGUUAGCCGCAUUCUUCAGCUGGGGCCACCAGGGACAAAAUUUUUGGGGCCGGUGAUCGUUGAGAUCCCUCACUUUGCGGCUCUGAGAGGGAUGGAGAGAGAGCUGGUGAUCUUACGCAGUGAGACGGGAGAGAGCUGGAAAGAGCAUCACUGCGAGUACACUGAAGAAGAGCUCAACCAGAUACUCAACGGCAUGGAUGAGGGACUUGACCCACCAGAGGAGCUGGAGAGAAGGCGCAUUUGUCGCAUCAUCACUCGAGAUUUUCCACAGUACUUUGCAGUGGUGUCACGCAUCAAACAGGACAGUAAUCUUAUUGGUCCAGAAGGUGGAAUUCUGAGCAGUACAGUAGUCCUGCAAGUCCAGGCUGUGUUCCCAGAGGGAGCGCUCACUAAACGCAUCCGUGUCGGCCUGCAGUCUCAACCUAUGUGUGUGGAUGUGGUGAGGAAGAUCUUGGGUAAUAAAGCCACAUUCAGUCCUAUAGUCACUCUGGAGCCUCGGAGGAGGAAGUUUCAUAAACCCAUCACCAUGACGAUCCCUAUCCCGAAGAGCUCUGCUGACCCAGUCCACAGCGGGUUUGGAGGCGGCGAUACACCUACAUUGCGCUUGUUAUGCAGCAUCACAGGUGGGACUACACCUGCUCAAUGGGAGGAUAUCACUGGAACUACGCCAUUAACAUUUACCAAUGAUUGUGUGUCCUUUACAACAAAUGUAUCUGCCAGAUUCUGGUUGAUAGACUGCAGGCAGGUGCAGGAGUCGGUUAACUUUGCCACUCAGGUGUAUCGAGAGAUCAUCUGUGUACCAUACAUGGCCAAGUUUGUCAUCUUUGCCAAGACGCACGACCCUAUUGAGGCUCGAUUGCGCUGUUUCUGUAUGACUGAUGACAAAAUGGACAAAACUUUGGAGCAACAAGAGAACUUCACAGAAGUGGCACGCAGUCGAGAUGUGGAGGUACUAGAGGGAAAGCCAAUCUUUGUAGACUGUUUUGGAAACCUGGUCCCCCUGACAAAAAGUGGCCAUCAUCAUGUCUUCAGCUUCUACGCCUUUAAAGAAAACCGACUGGCUCUUUUCAUCAAAAUACGAGACAACACACAAGAGCCUUGUGGACGAUUGUCCUUCACGAAAGAUCCAAGAUCUUAUAGGAGUUUAACUCAUGGUGCCAUAUGUAAUCUAAACAUCACACUACCAGCUUACUCAAAGGAAUCAGAUUCAGAUCAAGAACCUGAUGAGGAGACAACCCGAACACUUGAGAAAUAUGAUGAAGACACUGAAACUUCAACAGAAACAUUCCUGAAAACACAGCUGAUUCAAAACAAUCCUGCUCUCGCAAGUCCAGAUUUACUCUCUGAAGUGUCAGAGAUGAAGCAAGAUCUUAUCAAAAUGACUGCUAUUCUGACAACUGAUUCCUCAGAGAAAGCAAGUCGUAUUCAAGGGGAUUAUUUAGAUAAGAGGGCGGAGGAGGUGUCAGCAGAGCCCUUUGAAAUAAUGGAAAAGGUCAAAGAGGAUUUGGAAAAAGUUAGUGAAAUUCUAAGGAGUGGAACAUGUGAGAAGGAAGAGUCUACCAAAACAGAGAGUCACCCUUAUAGGAAAGAUGAGGGUUGGGUUUUCCUAACAGACAGUGAAAUUGAAGAAGCCAAAAUGAUGGCUGCCUUUGCAUCUCAAGAAUCACUUCUAAAGGAAGUUAGAGUCAACCGAGGUUCACAGAGAUCAAAGGGUGCUAGCGACACUUCUGGCAUUCAAACUGUUUCUGGCGGUGAAGUUAAGGAAUAUCUACUGGAUGCACCUGAAAAUUCUAGGCAUGUAUCCGAAGAGACUGCAACGCAGCAAAGCUUCACUGAGGUUGUUCUGCGCAGAGGUGGUCGAAAAAUUGUUGCAACAGUAGCAAAAGACUCUAAACCUCAAACAACAGAAGUGACAAAGCCAGUCAGAAAGAAAGGCCCUCAUGGACACACAGAUGAAUCCCAGUCAUGUAGUACAAAAGAAGGCGUUGUCAGUAAGAGCACUGGGAAGUCUUCUGAAGGGGAUGCCCUACUGCCUGUCCCUGAAGACCGAAAAAAAUCUCCUGUGUCACCAGUGGUUGAGGAGACGCCAAUUGGUUCCAUUAAAGAGAAAGUUAAAGCUCUUCAAAAGAAAGUAGAAGAAGAGCAAAAAGGCCAUACAAAGCAGAUAAGCCAGAAAACCCCAUAUAAAGUAGCUGAAAGCAAAGUGUCCUCUGUUGUCAAAGAUCAUAAAACAUCAGGCCAGAAAAAAAUAUCUGCUUCAUCCCAAAAACAGAUUCCCCCCAGAUCCCCAAAACCUGAGCUUGAGAAACUAGAAGAAACUAUGUCUGUAAGAGAACUAAUGAGAGCAUUUCAAACUGGCCAAGACCCCUCAAAAAGAAAGUCUGGCCUCUUUGAGCACAAGGGACCUUCCAUAAUAGAGCACACAACCAGUCAACAAGAGGCCCUACUCACAAAGUCAGCAAGUCUUCUCCAAGAACCCUUACAUGAAGAAGUGUCUCUUGAUGUUGUAAAGCCUGAAGACUACGAAGAAAAUAAACACAAAAUUCAUCCAAACAUGGAAUUCUAUAAAGACAUUGGAGAAGAUUCAAAAGAAGAUCAAACAACAAUUUCUAAAAAUGUGUCAAAACACAGCAGAGACCUUUUACCUGAUAGUGGUACAGAGAGCUCUGACAGCCUUAAACAUGAUGGAAUGGUCGACUUGCCCAAUGCCAGUCUUGGAGAAGUGGAAGCCCCAGUGAGUUCUGAGGAAAGUUACAAACAUGAGGGCAUGGCUGAGACUCCAGAAACAAGCCCUGAGAGCUUUUCAUUAUCACCCCAGAAACCAGCUCAGUCUAUGCUCGCAAAGACCUCCAAAUCAGUAGCAGCCCCACCUAAAGGCAAGACAAGUAAACCAUCUGUUUCCUUUUCUACUGGGUUGAAGACAACUGAUGAACAGACAUCUGAUGAUUCAAUUUGUCGCCCAGCAGUGGAUGAUCCUACAAAAAGUGAGUCCAUGUGCAUUCCUCAUGGCAAAGUUAUUAAAAUAGGGGAUGAAUCAACAUCUAUUGAUAAAGACAUUAUUUCUGUAUCAUCAAAGCCAUCUAAAUCUCGAAAACUGACAAAAAGAGUAUCUGAAACAUUAGAGAGCUUUUUAAGUGAUGAUGAAACCUUUGAUGGUCAGCCAACAUCAACCUCUGCUGACUCCCUGACCUCAAGGGCAGCUAUACAGGAUCAUGGUGGUUUAGUGCUGCCCCUUAGACACCAAGAUUCAGAGAACCUUAGUCCAGUAGCUGAUGACUCUUUUACCAUUAGCCACAAGGACUCUUUAGAGGGUAGUCCCUUGAUGGAAGACAACUCUUCCAAUAAAUCCCCAGACUCUAUUGAGCCUAGUCCAACAAAGGAAUCCCCGUGCCGUGACUCCUUAGAAAGCAGUCCCAUAGAUCAGAAAACCAACCUGGCUUUUCCACCUACAGUAGAACAACACAGUGUGACCACAGGGCCCCUGACAUCCUCCAAAGCCCAUGAAUUCCCUCCAGACAGUGUGCGUAGUAGAAUGCUCAGAGAACAGGAGGGUAAUGCCGAUGAAGACAGUUGUGAGCAGACGUCCCUGGUGACAAGUUCUGGUAAGAGUCCUCUCUCAUGUGACACACCAAGUUCUGAAGAGGUAAGUUAUGAUGUCAAUCCCAAAACCCCAGAACCCAUGGUCCCAAUUGUUCCCUUUAAGCCACCAGUAAUUCCUGAGAAGGCAGUAGAAGAUGAUGAGUUGAAGUGUGGCCUGACACAGAGGAAAAUAACUCCAGAGGAAGAGAUGUUUAAAAUGGCUGCCAAAAUAAAAACAUUUGAUGAAAUGGAACAAGAUGCAAAAGACAAAAAGGACAUUAGGAAAGAUAGUGAGUCCUCUCAGACCUUGGUAGGGUCUGAUGCAGGAGAUGACAGCGACAAACUGUUUGGGCUUUCAUCCAAACAUGAAACAUCCUCUGUGGAUGAAGUUGGGUUUUUUGAGCACAAACAAGCCUCAGAGGUAGAACAGUCUGUUGAACCCAUCAUUAAAGUACAACCUCCCUCUCCUUUUCCAGCAGGUAUACAUAAGAGCCCCCAAACAGCUGAAGACAUUCACCAAAGCAUGACCCACAGUGCAUCUUCUGCUGAAUCAACAAUGGGGACACCUCAAUCUGUCUCAGACAAGCAUAACUUAAAGCCUCAACCCCCUCAAGAAUCUUACAGUGAGAAAUUUAAUGACAAAGAAUGUGUUAAUUCUGAGUUAGCACAGUUGAACAAAACUGCCUCUAUUGGCAACAAAGCAGCUGCAAAUAGAACUGAUGAACAAAAAGAGGAAAGCUUAAAAUAUUCCAGGGGAAGUCAAGAAAUGUACAGCCAUGAACAACAGAAUGAAGCAGAUGAUUCCCUAGAAGUCGACAAAUCGCAUAGUCAGGAAGAACAAAAUGUAACGGAUGAGAUUAAAGGUGAUCACAUGAGGCACACAGGGACAUCUUUUGUAGAUUUGUGUAGUGGCAGCCUAGACAUUGAUUAUAUGCCAAUUGUAAUUGGGCAAACAAAAGAAACAUUUAAACCAGAAAUAUGUAUUUAUGAUGACACAGAGGAAGAUGAUGCUGAGGAGGAACCUCCUAAAACUGAAUCUAGAGGAGUUACAGCAAACGCAGGGACAGAUGCCUGGAGUUCAAUGCGUGAGAAUGAUGAUGCAUUUGCAGCAAGAGUAAGAGAGGAAGAGCAAAAGAUCUUGGGCCUGGUGGUAGACCGGCACUCCCAAGGGGCAACUCCAGACACAACCCCAGGAAGAACACCUACAGAGGAGGGUACACCGACAAGUGAACAAAACCCUUUCCUCUUUCAAGAGGGAAAGCUUUUUGAGAUGACAAGAAGUGGUGCAAUAGACAUGACAAAAAGGAGUUAUGAGGAGGAAGGGUUUGCAUUUUUCCAAAUUGGAGAGCAACACAUUGAAUUAGGAAGGGAUGAACCUGGUAGAGCGCCCAGAGAUGCAGUGAAAGAGAUCGGCUGCAACCUCUCCUUGCAGAUUAAGGCAGAGGAGGAUGAUGAUCUCGCUAAAGAGGCUACCGAUUUAUCUGCCAAUCCCGCAGCUGAACAUAAUCUGCCUGCAGAUACAAAGUCAGAUGCCUCAAAGACCAGAACCCCAAUCAAAUUGGGUGUUUCUGGCUCAUCCAAAUCCUCAGAAAAAGACCAAACAAUUACAGGAACAGUAGAAGUGAAAUCAGGCAAAGAAGUGAAAGAGAGACAUUUAGUGUCUGAUCCUAGUUCUUCUGACACUGUCAUAAGUACUAGAUCAGUUUGUUCCAGACAGGACCAAGAGUCCUCAGAUUGUUCCAGACAGGACCAAGAGUCCUCAGAUUCCUCCCCAGAGGAUCAGCUUUCAGUUUUAGAACUAUCCAAAACCCCUGAAAAAAACUCCCUUACCUUAGAAUCCCGAAGUAAACUUGCCUCCAAAUGUCACAAUGCAGCCUCUUCAUCGUCUGCAACUAGAAAAAACACCUCCACCUCCAAAGAGGAGGAGAAACCAAAAUCCAGAAUCCCUGUUAAGGCCAGCUCCCUCAGGUCCGAAACUGGUUUUGAGGCAUCUGUGAAGCAUGUAGAACCUGCUAAGGAUAAGAGGUCAAAGUUGCCCAUAAAACCUGAAUCAAGGAGGAAAUCUGAGACAGAUACAGGUCCAUCCAUAAGCUCCAGUAUAACAAAGUCUUCCAAAGCCAAGAGCUUCUGUGAAAGUGAUUCCACCAAGAGACCAACCAAAAAGGACCAGUGUUGUCCAACAAGCACUGACUUGUCCAGCAAAGUUAAGGCACUUCCAUCAAGACUACCAGUCAGGGGAAAGCCUGGUCAGCCAAUACAAACCUCCACACCAGCAAAACCUAAAAAGUUUCAGCCCACUGAAACAAACAAACCAUCUGUUGCCUUUUUUGAAGAGAUUAGUCAUGAGGCAGCUAAGGUAGUGGAAAGAUUGGCUCAGGCAGAGAAAGAAAAAGAGGAGGCUGGUGCCUUAUCUGAAGAUGAAAGCAGCACCAUUGAUGCCUCAGUAAUAAAGUGUCAACCUUUCCCUGACAUGCAAAUGCCUUUCCCUGAGGAUCCUUUGGUCUUUAGGCCCCGAUGGGACAACCCUGUUGAGACGCAGAUGGAACGAAUCCCAGCUGAUAAAGUCAGAAGUCAAGUAGAUCCACAGGAUGAGGCUGACAGGAAAGAGGGUCAACUAGCUGUAAUUGCUGACCACCUUGGUUUCAGCUGGUCAGAAUUGGCUCGAGAGCUUGAAUUCAGUGAGGAGCAGAUUAGUCAGAUAAGAAAUGAGAAUCCUAAUUCACUGCAAGACCAAAGCCAUGCACUCAUAAAGCUGUGGAAAGAAACAGAGGGCAAAAAUGCUACAGAGAGCACUUUGAUGAGGAGACUUACAAAAAUAAACCGUAUGGACAUUGUGCAUCUCAUCGAAUCAAAGAUUAUCCAUUCCAGUCAGGACCAGUCAUCACACACCUAUGCAGAAAUUGAGCAAACCAUAUCUCUGGAUCAUAGUGAAGGUUUUUCAGCCUUACAGGAGGAAAUGGACAGCCCCAGGUCAGGUCGGCGAACAGAGGGCAUUCAAAGAGGGUCAGAAUAUGGGCCUCUGGUGGCAUCUGUUGAGGAUCUCUCCUGCAAUGUAUCUACCCUUAAUGAUAACCAGAAAGAGAGGUUGCAGGCUGACAAUGAGAAGAGUUCAGAAGUGGUUGGAAGCUCAACACAUAGUGGUUUUGAGAUGGUUGGACUGAGGCAACAGUUCCCAGGCACUAUCAAACAAGGAGAUGAGAUGCCUGAAAUCCCUCCUCAGACAGUCACAGAAGAGCAAUACACUGACAAGCAUGGAAACAUGGUGGUCAAAAAGAUAACAAGGAAAGUGAUCCGUAAGUAUGUGUCAGCAGAUGGAGUAGAGAGAGAGGAAGUGAUGGUGGAGGGACCUCAGCAAGAAGGUGUCAGUGUGGAUGAUGCUGACGGUUUCUCUAAAGUGCUCAAAAGGACAGUGGUGCGGAGCGGGGGAGAUCAGACUGAGUUGACCUUCUCAGAACCUUUUGUUUAUGGCGGAGCGGCAGCCUCUGAAUUCGAGGAAGAGCCCGUCCAAGGUCGGAAGGUCAGCAAAGUCAUUAAAACCAUGGUAGUUCAAGGUGAACGGAUGGAAAAACAAAUUGGAGACCCUUCGCUCUCUAUGGAUCUCCCCUCAGCCAAAGACGACUUUGAAAAGGCUUUGAGCUAUGUAGGAGGCUUUGGGAAAGUGCACCUGCCUCAUUUAGUAGAGAGAGAGGUGGUGAAAGAGGAUGGAUCUGUGGUCAGAAGGACCCGCAUGCAUAAGAUGCGCACACAGAAACAAACUGUAGUGAGAGAUGGCCAGGCCAAACAAACCCACCUGGAACGACUGGAGGACACCGCCGACACCCUGCGACCCGACAACCUGCAGCAGCAUCUGCAUCAACUGCUUCAACGCUACUGCACCCCGGAGGUGACCGAAGAACCAGACGCAGGACAAGAUUCAGAUGCAGGGGAGCAGGACAAACAAGAAUAAACCACAGAUUUUCGUUUGUGGUGAGCAUUUAAUCAAGACCUCUGCAAAAAUUUUGCCAGGAGCCCUUUCUUUCCACCUCGGAGAAACAACCCAAACAGAUCUUUGCUUCAAGACCCUUUUGGUUGUUCUUUUUUAUCUUUUAUUAUAUGUUGCUUGGACAUUUUCAAUCUGUUUUUCGCUUGAGUGUCUUUCUUUUUUUGUCCCUGAGUUCUCAAUUUAUUUGAUCAUUUUGUGACCAAAGAUAGCUUUUCCUUCUGAAUUGCGGAGUGAAUUGUAUAAAACAUGGAUGUUUCUUUAUUUAUUGUGUCAUUUUUGGUUGCUGUGGUAGAAAGCUGAACUUAAAGGUAUAGUUCGCCCAAAAAUGAAAAUGCAUCAUAAUUUACUCACCCUCCUGCCAUCCCAGGUGAGUAUGACUUUCUUUCUUC